CUUUUUGUUCUUUUCCCAUUUAACCAAUUUCCGGUUUUGCCGUUGUCAAAUUCCGCUUUAUUGACACCGACAGGUGUCGACUCUGAGUUUAUCUGCCUUGCUGUGCGUGAUUCGCGCUUGUCUGCCUCCGCGGAACACUUGACGUUGACGCUGUCAUGCGUCGAUAGUUGAUAUCAUCAUUUUGGAAAAGAUGGAGCCUCCGGACUUUAAAGCUACGAACUUCACUGUGGAGCCCGAACAGCGCGCAUACCCGUUAUGUGACAAAUGGAUAGAGGGCUCCGAGAGUUCGGUGUACCAGCUCGCCAACAUCUUCCUUCUCCUCGGCCUCAUGGGUGGUAGCGGUGUUUUCGGACGUUUCUACAUAUUCACCUUCUUGACUCUGGGCUUCUUCUGCGCCACUCUCUGGGCUUGGACGGACUUGUGCACCAUCGACGCGUUCCUGUGGUGUUUGGCGCUGUUCGCUGUGUGUCUCGGCCAGUUUCUCCGUGCUGCCUGCAGAAUCAGGAACGUCUCAUUCGAAAGGGACUUCCAGGACCUUUAUAUGUGCAUGUUUAAGAAGAUCGGAGUUUCACGCUCACAAUUUGGGAAAAUCGUUUCAUGCUGUGACAGAAAUAUCCACACCAUAGAGAAGGAUCACUUCUUCGCCAUAGAAGGAAAGACCUCCAUCGAUAAAUUAUCCUUGCUCAUGUCCGGCAGAAUCCGAGUGACUGUUCGCGGCGAGUUUCUGCACUACAUCUACCCAUUCCAGUUUCUGGAUUCACCAGAAUGGGACUCUCUCAGACCAUCAGAAGAGGGUGUAUUCCAGGUCACGCUGUCAGCUGAUAACCCGUGUACAUAUGUGUCAUGGAGGAGGAAGAAGCUCUAUCUUCUUUUUGCUAAACACCGCUACAUAGCCAGGAUCUUUGCUCUGGUUGUGCGGAAUGACAUUGCAGAGAAGCUAUACUCACUGAACGACAGCGCAUUCAACUGCUCCGGACAUCGCUAUGAUCUGCGCUUACCAAGUUACUGUCACAUGCCAGGGACCGAAUUAGAAGUCCCAAUGAAAGUUCCAGUGCAGGUUUAAAUGUCUGCUUGA